AUGGCUACCGAAUUCACCAAGAUCAAGGUCAAGAACCCCGUCGUGGAGCUCGACGGUGAUGAGGCGGCUGUGGUACCUCUGCAUCGGAAAGUAGUACGCCCUGUCAUCAUGGCGCACCUGAAAACGCGGGGCAACAUAGCCGCGGCUGCAUACUUCCCUGCGGCCAAGGACCAAAUGACCCGUAUCAUCUGGAAGGAAAUCAGAGAGAAGUUGAUCCUGCCUUACCUUGACAUCGACCUCAAGUACUACGAUCUCGGUCUUGAGUACCGUGAUCAGACCGACGACAAGGUUACCGUCGAGGCCGCCGAGGCUAUCAAGAAGUAUGGCGUCGGUGUCAAGUGCGCCACCAUCACUCCCGAUGAGGCCCGUGUUGAGGAAUUCAAGCUGAAGAAGAUGUGGCUGUCCCCCAACGGCACCAUCCGUAACAUCCUUGGCGGUACCGUGUUCCGUGAGCCCAUCAUCAUCCCCGCCAUCCCUCGUCUUGUUCCCGGAUGGACCAAGCCCAUCAUCAUCGGCCGCCACGCUUUCGGUGACCAGUACCGUGCUACCGACCGCGUCAUCCCCGGCCCCGGAAAGCUCGAGCUUGUCUACACCCCUGCCGGCGGUGAGGCCGAGACCAUCAAGGUUUACGAUUUCCAGGGCGGUGGUAUUGCCCAGACCCAGUACAACACCGAUGACUCCAUCCGCGGAUUCGCCCAUGCCAGUUUCCAGAUGGCCCUGCUCAAGGGUCUUCCCCUGUACAUGAGCACUAAGAACACCAUCCUGAAGAAGUACGAUGGUCGUUUCAAGGACAUCUUCCAGGAGAUCUACGAGUCUACCUACCAGAAGGACUUCGAGGCCAAGAACAUCUGGUACGAGCACCGUCUCAUUGACGACAUGGUCGCUCAGAUGAUCAAGAGCGAGGGUGGCUUCGUCAUGGCUCUCAAGAACUACGAUGGUGAUGUUCAGUCCGACAUUGUCGCUCAGGGCUUCGGCUCCCUUGGUCUGAUGACCUCUACUCUGGCCACCCCUACCGGUGAGGCUUUCGAGUCUGAGGCUGCUCACGGUACUGUCACUCGCCACUACCGCGAGCACCAGAAGGGCCGUGAGACUUCCACCAACCCCAUUGCCUCUAUCUUCGCCUGGACUCGCGGUCUGAUCCAGCGUGGCAAGGUCGACGAGACCCCCGAGGUUGUAGCCUUUGCUGAGGAGCUCGAGAAGGCCUGCAUUGACGUUGUCAACGAGGAGGGUAUCAUGACCAAGGACUUGGCUCUGGCCUGUGGCCGCAAGGAGCGCGAGGCCUGGGUUACCACCCGCGAGUACAUGGCUGCCGUUGAGCGCCGCCUCAAGUCUAACCUCAAGGCUCGCCUGUAA